AUGACUUCUCUACGCACCACGGAGCAUACCAAGACGGACCAGGAGCUGGCCAUCAGCAUCAAGAAGGCCACGAACAGCGACGAGAUAUCACCGAAACGCAAACAUGUCCGCGCUUGCAUCGUUUAUACCUGGGACCACAGGUCCGCCCAGGCGUUCUGGUCAGGCAUCAAAGUGCAACCAAUUCUUGCCGACGAGGUCCAAACGUUCAAGGCCCUGAUCACGAUUCACAAGGUCCUCCAGGAGGGCCACCCGUCGGCAAUCAAAGACGCAAUGGCCAACCGUAGCUGGAUUGACGGCUUGAACCGUGGGAUGACCGGCGAAGGCAUCCGUGGCUACGGCCCGCUCAUCCGGGAAUACGUCUACUACCUUCUCGCCAAGCUCUCAUUCCACCAGCAGCACCCGGAAUUUAACGGGACGUUUGAAUACGAGGAAUACUUGAGCCUUAAGGCCAUCAACGACCCGAACGAAGGCUACGAGACUAUAACCGACCUCAUGGUCCUGCAAGACAAGAUUGAACAGUUCCAGAAAUUGAUCUUCUCCCACUUUCGAAAUGUCGGAAACAACGAAUGCCGGAUCUCUGCCUUGGUACCCCUGGUCCAAGAAAGCUAUGGCAUCUACAAGUUCAUUACGAGCAUGCUCAGGGCAAUGCAUUCAAUUACCGGAGAUGACGAAGCUCUGCAGCCUCUGCGACAGCGAUAUGACGCCCAGCACUACCGUCUCGUCAAAUUCUACUACGAGUGCUCAAACCUGCGGUACCUGACCAGCCUCAUCACGAUUCCCAAGCUGCCUCAAGAUCCUCCCAAUCUGCUGGCCGAAGACGACGAAGCCCCUGCCCUGCCUGCACGACCAAAGCAGGAGAUCGAGCGUCAGCCAACCCCUCCGGUUGAGCCGAAGUCAGAGGAGCCCGAUGAGAUAUCGGAAUUCUGGAAGAGCGAGCUUGACCGUCAGAAUCGAGAGUACGAGGAGCAGCAGAGGGUGCUUGAGGAGCGACAGCAGGCAGCACUGCUUGCUCAGCAGCGAGCUCAGCAGGAUGCUCAGCGGGAAUUCGAAGAGCAGCAGCGACGGCUUGCAGAGCAGCAGCAGCGCGACCAGGAGGCUCUUCUCGCCCAGCAAGCACAGUGGCAGACCCAAGGCCGGCUGGCAGAACUGGAGCGAGAGAACCUGAACGCCCGGGCGCAGUACGAGAACGACCAGCUGAUGCUGCAGCAGUACGACCAUCGUGUCAAGGCGCUGGAGGGAGAGUUGGCCCAGAUUCAGAACAGCUUCGGACAGCAAAUCACCAGCAAGGACGACCAGAUCCGGGCCUUGCAAGAACAAGUGAACACUUGGCGGACCAAGUAUGAAUCCUUGGCCAAGCUUUAUUCUCAGUUGCGCCACGAGCACCUCGACUUGCUGCAAAAGUUCAAGUCCGUCCAGCUGAAGGCCGCGAGCGCCCAGGAGGCCAUCGACAAGAGGGAAAAACUGGAGCGAGAAAUCAAGACCAAGAACCUGGAGCUUGCAGACAUGAUCCGCGAGAGAGACCGCGCGCUACACGACAAAGACAGGCUCAAUGGAAGCAACAAGGAUGAAGUGGAGAGGCUCAAGCGCGAGCUUCGAAUGGCACAGGACAAGGCCGACAACCUGGAACGCAGCAAGGGAAACGAACUGUCCACGAUGCUGGCCAAGUACAACCGCGAGAUGAGCGAUCUCGAGGAGGCGCUUCGAAACAAGUCGAGAGCUUUGGACGAUGCACACUCCAAGCUCAGGGAUGGCAGCUCCGACCUGGAACAGCUACUACGUGAAAAGGAGGAGGAGCUGGAGGUGUACAAGGCGGGCAUGGAUCAGACGCUGAUCGAGCUCAAUGAUCUCAAGCAGAACCAGGGAGAGACAGACCACGCACUGGACGGCCAGAUCGAUGCUCUCAUUCUGUCGAACCUCGACAAGAUCAACGACAUCAUCGACUCAGUACUCCAGGCUGGCGUGUCCAGAGUCGACGAUGCUCUCUACGAACUUGACUCGUCGAUGCAAGCCGGAAACCAGAACGCCUCGCCCUCUUAUGUCCUAUCGCAAAUCGAGAAGGCGUCGGCGAGCGCCAUGGAGUUUGCUACGUCCUUCAACAAUUUCAUCGCCGACGGACCAAACAGCACCCACGCCGACGUCAUCAAAGCCAUCAACGUCUUUGCCGGCGCCAUUGCGGACGUGUGCAGCAACACCAAAGGCUUGACCCGGCUCGCAACUGAUGACAAGAAGACCGACUCCCUCAUGAACGGAGCGCGUCUGUCUGCCCAAUCUACUGUGCAGUUCUUCCGUGGACUCCAAAGCUUCCGCUUGGAGGGCAUGGACCCGUUGCAGAAGACCGACGUUGUCAUCAACAGCAACAAUGAUGUCCAAAUGAACCUCCAGAAGCUCAACAAGCUGGCCGAGAGCUUCGCCCCUGGGUUUGGCAAGCUGGCUAACAACAAGGGAGAUUUGGGAGACCUUGUCGAUUCAGAACUGAGCAAAGCGGCUGAUGCCAUUGCGGCCGCCGCCGCACGGCUGGCAAAGCUCAAGAACAAGCCGCGAGAUGGAUACUCGACGUACGAAGUCAAGGUUCACGAUUCUAUCCUCGACGCGGCGACGGCUAUCACCAACGCGAUCGCAGAGCUCAUCAAGGCAGCGACACUUACGCAGCAAGAGAUUGUGCAGGCAGGCCGCGGGUCUUCCUCGCGAACAGCUUUCUACAAGAAGAACAACCGGUGGACCGAAGGCUUGAUCUCGGCUGCCAAGGCAGUCGCAUCAUCCACGAACACCCUUAUCGAGACGGCGGACGGGGUCUUGUCGAACCGCAACAGCCCGGAGCAGCUCAUCGUCGCCUCCAACGAUGUGGCGGCAUCUACGGCACAGCUCGUGGCGGCGAGCAGGGUCAAGGCUGGCUUCAUGUCCAAGAGCCAGGACAGACUGGAGCAGGCAAGCAAAGCGGUAGGCGCAGCGUGCAGGGCCUUGGUACGCCAAGUUCAGAGCAUGAUCAAGGAGCGCAGCCAGGACGAGGAGCAGGUCGAUUACGCGAAGCUUGGCGCCCACGAGUUCAAGGUGCGCGAGAUGGAACAACAGGUCGAGAUACUCCAGUUGGAGAAUGCGCUAGCGUCAGCGCGACAUCGUCUGGGCGAGAUGCGCAAGAUAUCCUAUCAAGAGGAGUAG